AUUUCCAUAAUUCAUCAUAAAUUGUGCAAGGGUGCUAUAGGACGCGCUAAACCAUAAGAGCCACAAAUCAAGCACACAGGUUUAGUAUUUUACCUUUGAAUUUUAUAAAAACAACAACAAUACUUACUACGAGCGAACGGAGGAAUUGUCAACAAAUGAGCUCCUAUUUUGUGAACUCAUUCUGCGGUCGGUAUCCCAAUGGCGCGGACUUCCAGUUACAUAAUUAUGGAGACCAUAAUACGGAAAACGAGCAAUACAGAGACUCAACAGCCAUGCACUCGAACAGGUAUGGCUAUGGCUACAACGGGAUGGACCUAACAGUUGGUCGGACCGGUACCGGACACUUUGUGGGCGACGAGCAGACACCAGGCUACUCCCCGAGUCACUCAGCGGCGACAACACCCUCGGUGGAGCCGGUCAGGUACAACCAGUCUGCCAGCAACAACAGGACACCGUCUCUCUCGCCACCACCUGAGCCACUACCGUGCUCCUCGGUCGCCACCUCUUCCCCUGUCCACGAAACUCAAUCUCAACACCGAGCCGUGAAAAACUCUAUAAACACCCCGUGCUCGAGCUCUAACGGAGGCUCGCUGCUGCUCAGCCGGGACUGUGUGUCCAAAUCUUCCCCCCUCGAGGAAGAGAAACCUACGGGAAGCGCACCAACAACUCCUCAAAAUGUCACCGACUCAUCACAGCCACAAAUAUACCCGUGGAUGAGAAAACUUCAUAUAAAUCAUGAUUUGUCAGGACCAGAGGGUAAGAGAGCCAGGACUGCAUACACCCGGUACCAGACCCUGGAGCUGGAGAAGGAGUUCCACUUCAACCGGUACCUGACCCGCAGGCGGAGGAUCGAGAUAGCCCAUGCCCUCUGCCUCUCAGAGAGACAGAUCAAAAUCUGGUUUCAGAACCGCAGGAUGAAGUGGAAGAAAGACAACAAGCUGAAGAGCAUGAACAUGGCGUCUGCAGGCGGGGGAGGCUACAGGCCUUGAUAUUCACUCCUCUACCCCUGAUAACGAGCACUAUAAAAAAAAUAAAACAAAGAUUGUCAUAUCAAAUUCUCCUCCUAAUUCAAAAAGCGCAGAGACUUGUGAACGGGCCGUGUGCGGGACAAGGGACACCCCACCUGAGCCCAUUGUAUGUCCAGCAACUGUCCCAUUAUAUUCCUUAAUAUUAUUUACUCUUUAUUUCCACCGUGGUAAUGCUUAUGUAAGGAAAAAAAUACAUUAUGUACAGUUAUGUCUAGAUUUAGAAGAAAAAGAAAGAAAAUAAAUGUUUGUUUAAAUUAUUUCCUGUUCAGACAAAGAAAAAAAAGAAAAACGCUUGAAAUGCUACCUAUUCACCGCAAAUAAAUCCAGUAAAAGUUGUGUGAUAAGAACAAUACCAGCCUAAUAAAAAGAGGGUUGAGGUUGAGCUGUUUAGCCUUCGUUUUCUAUAUAUGUACUGUAUAUGUAUGUAUUUAUUUGUGUGAUGUAUUGUAUCAAUUUGUCAGAUAACUUGCUUCCAAAAGUAGAACCAGCAGAGCGUGAGCCUUGUGUGGUCAUUGUGUGCAUUGUAAACACAUGUAUGGACAGAGGUGCAGACUCAGUCUUGUAUGUACAGUAUAGCUGUGCCUUGCAUCUUUAUUUUGUAUAAUUUUUUUGCUGCUGUUUGCGUUGUUCACCUGGACGCAACAUCUGAGUAAAACGUGUUUUAUCUUUGUUUUCUCAUAGCUGUUUUUAUGUGGAGGUUCCCCACAGUAAAUCUCAUUGCCUAUGUGUAUAACUCCAUCGUGUUUAGCUUUUUGUAAAUGUUUUUCAAAGACUGGAAGUCAAGAAUAUACUAUAAUAAUAAUAAUAAUAAUAAUAAUAAUAAUAGUAAUAAUAAUGAUGAUGAUGA